AGGCGUGUCCGAACGAACGGGGAGGGCACCGGGGCACUGUGCCCCCUUUGAUUUUGGCAUUUCAACAUUAGCCCUAUGGGUGUUCCAUGGAAAGAAUGGGACCAAAAGUCAGCAGUGCCCCCCCCCCCCCUUAAUUGAAAGUGUUCCGCCGCUACUGAUGUCAAUGUGUCUCGCCUCUAGUUCCACCCCUUACUGUUACUGCUAUAUGAAUCCUCUAAGGAAAUAUGCCACUUUUAUCAUGGGGUUUUGAACUGGAAUGGCAGUUUCUUUGAGACUACACAAAUCGGGGGCUCUUGUGGCCCAACCAACCAAGGCGGCCCAACCAUUACCAUAGGCCAAGAUGAAGAUAUUUAUUUCUUGUUUUGAAAAGAGUGCCUUUUGCAGGAAUGUGGUAACUUGUAUAAAGAUACCAAGAAUGCAGCAAGCCAUCACCAUUUUUGCAAACCAUUGCUGCCUGACGACCUGGUUGGGCGGCACAGUGGCCUUCUGCGUGAGCCGCGCGGCCCGUCUGCCGCUGAAGUACCUGCGUUACGCCCGUCGUCUUUGCACCAUGCCGCCGCAGAUCUCUGACCGGCUGGUGUGGAUCGACCUGGAGAUGACCGGGCUGGACCCGGAGCGGGACCGGAUCUUAGAGGCCGCCUGCGUGGUGACGGACGGCGCGCUGCGGCCGCUCGAGCCGGGACUCCAGCUGGUGGUGCACGAGCCCGAGUCGGUGCUGCGAUCCAUGAACGCCUGGUGUGUGGAGCACCACGGCCGCUCGGGACUCACUGAGGCAGUGCGACGCAGCACCAUCAGCCUGGCGGAGGCCGAGCAGACCCUACUCAGCUACGUCCGUCGCCUGACGCCGGCCGGACAAUGCCCGCUGGCCGGUAACAGCGUGCAUAUGGACCGCGUGUUCCUCAUGAAGUACAUGCCGCGCCUGCUGGACCACCUCCACUACCGGAUCGUCGACGUGUCCACGCUCAAGGAACUGGCGCGUCGCUGGCGGCCCGAGCUGCACGACGCCGGCCGCCGCGGCAAGAAGUGCGCCCACCGCGCGCUCGACGACAUCCAGGAGAGUAUUGCCGAGCUGCGUCUCUACAGAGAGAAGUUUAUACGAGCGUAGUGGCGAAGGGGUGAGAAACCGUACCCGUGCUGCCACCCCUGUGGGCAACGGGACGGUUAGGCGAUUCGUCUAGGGGAGGAGCGACGUUACAGAAUCAGCAUCGACCAUUGGCGAUGCGAACAGUCGUACAAAGACGUUAACAUUCUGUAGUUAAUGAACGUUGACCUUGUUCAUUGUUUUGGAAUAUCGCUUGUUGAGCUCGACAAUAUCGCAGAGAUGUAUGAUUAAGUAGGUUUGGUCAAAUUGGCGAAAUCAUGCCCAGCCCGUCCCACGGCAUCUGUGAGCUGCCACCACCAGAUUCUACAGCUGUCUAGCCGGUGUCUGUUGGACAGAUUGGCGUAACGACUGACCCAGACGUACGCUUGUUUUAGAUCAUGAACGGCAGAUUGCGGUCCGCCUUGGCAUAAAAACCGGCGGCUGUUUGCAGUCGAUUAACUCUAUAGUAUUUGUGCUGUCAAUGGUGGAUAAAGAUCUUUGCUACGAAAAAAUUAUGGGUGUGAACGAGAAGCGGUAACCAUUAAGAAGUGAGAAGGGAUAGGGCUGAUGAUUACUGUUGUGGCUUCAUUGUUUUAGCCUGGAUAGAUGAAUUGUUUCAAGCUUUGAUGGCUAGUGGUGCUUGUUUUGAUGUUUCAUUCUAUAGUUUCUAUCGUGCUGGAUUUUGACUUUGCGUUCUGUCUGUUUUAAGACUGUUGUUACCUUGUACUCCAUAUCUCAUCAUCCGGGAAAGAUUUAGGUUGGUUGGUUCUUGUGAACGGCUCGGGUCCUCAGAUGCCUGAUCUGAUUUGAUCUGUCAGCUGCGGGAUUCAUAUAUUAGUGCCUACCGUGUAUUCGGCACACGGCUGCUUCACCGUUCUGCCGUCCAAAGGCAAAAACGCAUAUGUCGGGUCAUGACCUGACCCGACAUAUGCGGUUUUGCCUUUGGACGGCAGCGUUUGUGGAAGUUUGCGGAAUUAAUGACACCUAUCUCUACCAGUUUAUCAACUUGAUCGCCUAUUGCACCAGCAUUGACACAGGACGGUAUCGUCUCCGUUCGUGUUUGUGUUUUCCUUAGUGUCUAGUAACAAGGAAGCACCGGUCCCUUGCUGCGUUGUACCACGGUGACGGAUCUGACGCCAAUCUGUCGACGUUUAACACUGGGCUGCGAUGCACUGUCGGCAACUUUAUACUUGCGCGCCAGCGAUGUUUCUAUCGAUAUCAUGAACAGUUUUCUCGCACACCGGGUCUGAACCAUGUCACAGGCUUGACCAGUGAACGGGUGAUAGCCACUGCGACUUUGUUCACCAAUGUUUAUCACUGGCGUGGGUUUCCACUGAUUCACAAGGUGCCCCGGGACGGAGAAACGUUUCUUGAAACUGCAUGCGCCUAGUUUGACUGUAAGACGAUGAGGAAUUUAAAUCUGAGGGCACUUAUGAAUUGUCUUUGCGAACAGGAACAUGACGUGUGGCUAGGAUGCGAACUUAAUGAGCUGUGAUCUUUGAACGAUGGGACUCCGACAGGAGCCGGCGGUGCCGUACAGUGGAUCGGACCUGCUACCGUUUGAAACUCGCACUCGUGAUGAAUGACAGCCUCUCAAAGUAGAUUCGUUGAUGAAUAUAUGUAGUUUCAAUAA